GCCAUCUUCCGAGGUAGGGUUUUUAUCUCUCUCCCUCCCCUGCUGCUGAAACAACUAGGGUUUCCAAUUUGGCGUUGCAGAGAGAGGGAGCUUCGACAAUGACGACCCUUGUACCUACUUCCGAGGAAGAUCCGGCGCUUUCCGUCGUCCGCUACACCGCCGAGAUUUCCUGGGCCGACGCUGGUCCUGAGGUUGCUGAGCCACAGGUGACUAGAUUAUGUAUGGAAGCUCAAGAAUGCAUGGUGAGGGGCAGAUGGUUGGAUUUGGCAUCAUUAAUGCUCACAUCUGCUGACUUGAUGUUUUCCAAAGCAUCAGAUAAAGAUCUUGAGUGCAUCUUCACUGUCAUCUGUAAUCUUGUCACGAAGUCUGAAAGUCCAGAUGAAGCAUUGGAGAUGGCAAAGUUGAUAUCUGCAAAAAUUACUCAACAACCAAAUGACAAGGCUGCAUUGCGUUUGAAGAUAUUGUUUAAUCUUUACAAUCUAUUAGAGAAUCCAUACAGCCGAUUCUAUGUUUAUAUGAAGGCUCUUAAUUUGGCAGUCAAUGGAAAAGUCACCGACCAUAUUAUACCUUCUUUCAAAAUGAUGGAUAGCUUCUUGAAAGAGUGGAAUAUCGGGAUCUUGGAUCAGAGAGCUCUCUAUCUCAACAUCUCUAAUAUUUUAAAAGAAAAUAAAAGUUUGGGAAAGGAUUAUUUCAAAUUCCUGACCAAGUACUUAGCUACCUUUUCUGGAGAAGAUGCAUAUACCAUGAGUGAAGCCAAGGAAGAAGCUGUCCGCACUAUUAUGGAAUUUGUGAGGGCACCAGACAUGUUUCAGUGUGAUCUGCUGGAUAUGCCUGCAGUAGGACAAUUGGAGAAAGACGCUAAAUAUGCAUUGGUCUAUCAGCUUCUGAAGAUUUUUCUCACUCAGAGGCUUGAUGCCUAUUUAGAUUUUCAUGCUGCAAACUCAACUCUACUUAAAAGCUAUGGUCUUGUCCAUGAAGACUGUAUAACGAAGAUGAGGUUAAUGUCUCUGGUGGAUCUUGGCUCUGAUGAAUCUUGUCAAAUUCCAUAUUCUCUCAUCAAAGACACACUUAGGAUUGAUGAUGAUGAGGUGGAACUCUGGGUGGUUAAGGCAAUAACUGUGAAAUUAAUGGACUGUAAGAUGGACCAAAUGAAUCAAGUUGUGCUUGUGAGCCGCUGUAGUGAGCGUGUAUUUGGGCAGCAGCAGUGGCAAAACCUUCGAUCAAAGCUACUGACAUGGAGGGGUAAUAUUGCAAAUGUCAUCAAUACCAUUCAAGCCAACAAGAUAAGUGAAGAUGGCUCUCAGGCAAUGCAAGGCUUGACGAUACGAUAAGUAAAUCACUGCUUUUUGUCGGCCAGCAUUAUCUAGAGAUAGGUUAGACUGAGAUUGGGGCUGAACUGAAGUGCAAUUGAGUUUCAUUUGAUUUUCCUUUUGACAGAGUUUUAAGUUAUUUUUUGUUUUGUUUUUUCAUUCUACCAAAGCUAAAUGACUACAUGGAUUAGCAUGUAUCAUUCACAAACAUGUAUUGUAUUUAAAAGUUUUGUUGGAUUGCUCCUCCCUUCAAUUUUGUGUGGGAUUUCUUCU